AUGGACCACACUAAGAAGGCUCAAUCCACUCGUAGCACCAACAACGAUGACGAGUUGACUCCUCCACCGGUCGCAAGCACAUUGGGCAAGGUCGAAGCUGAGCUCGAGAAGGAGGGAAAGGUAGCCCACAAGGUCCCUUCAGAUGCAUUGUCAUCCCUUCCCAGGGCGAGAAAGAAUAUCCUUACCCUUUGUUUCUGUCUGGCCAUGUUUAUCGAUGCAGCCGGUGUUUCGGCCACCUUCCUCAUGACCGCUCCGAUCUCGGAAGACUUGGGCAUCUCUGCCGGAGAUCAAGCAUGGGUCCUCGGAACCUAUUCCAUGGUCUUCGCCGCCACCCUCCUGUUUGCCGGUCGAAUUGCCGACCUCUACGCGCCUCACCGAGUCUACACUGUUGGAUUCGUCGGUAUCGCCGUCUUCUACCUCAUCAUCUCGUUCAUGGACUCCAAGUAUGCCUUCUUCGUCCUUCGAGCCGUCUCAGCUCUCUUGGCCGUCCUCACUAUCCCAUCAGCCAUCAAUAUGAUCAUUCAGAUGUACCCUGAUCCUGACGAGCAAGCCAAGAAGCUCGCUCUCUUCGGUCUCGCCGGUGCUCUUGCCAACACUUUGGCCCUUGUCCUUGCUGGUGUCUUCCUCCUCGCCAGCUGGAGAUGGUACUUUAGGUUCAUCACGAUCCUCGUCGGACCUUUCGCUGUCCUCGCAUGGUUCCUCUUGCCCAAGACUGCUGCCGUUGCGGAAGACCUCCCUGGUGCCGCCAAAUUCAAGCGAAUGGAUCUGGGAGGAGUCUUCAUCUUGGUCGCCGCUCUCAUCCUCUUCAUCCUUGGUUUCACCCAAGCUCCCACUGAUGGAUGGAAGUCUGCCACGUUUAUCGCUCCAUUCGUCAUCUCCAUCGUCCUCUUCGCCGUCUUCGUCGUCUGGGAGCAUUACAUGCCACGAGGAUACGCUUUGCUCCCUCAUGACAUUUGGUCUUACCCCAACAUCUUCCCAUUGAUCCUUCAAGCCUCUGCCGUCUUCAUGUGGUUCGCCACCGCUCAACUCCGUAUCGCCACAUACUUCCAAGAGGCCCUCCAUGACUCUGCCAUUCUGGCAGCUGCCAAGCUCUUGCCCAUGGGUAUCACCGCCUUGAUCGUCGGAAUGGGAUCUCAAGCCUUCCCCAAGCUUAUCACCCGACCUCACUACGUCCAACCUGUCGCCGCAGCUCUGUGCUUCGCUGGAAGCAUGUUGUUCGCUUUCAGUAACGGAGGUGCAGGCAAGGAUUACUGGAAGUUCAUGUUCACUGGCCAGAUUAUUGGUACUGCCGGUGGAAUGAUCAUAUUCAUUGGCACGAACACAAACAUCAUUAUGAGCUUCCCACUCGAAUUCGCAGGCAUUGGAGGAUCAUUCGCAAACAUUAUCUUCCAAAUCGGCGGAGUAAUCGGAAUUGCCGUCCAAGCUGGUCUUCUGUCCACUGGAAACGGUACCAUUCAAGACUGGACUGGAUCCAGAAACUCCUACUUCUUCACCGGAGGAUACGUGUUGGCGGCCGGAGCCAUCUUCCUCGCUUGGUACAGGCAAUCCAAGAUGCCCAGGCGUGAAGGCGUCCCAGCGGCUGUGUAA